ACAUGACCAAGUGAUUAAGUGUUUCUUGUUUUGAACAUUCUUUCAUUUAUUGAUUAAUAAACGUGGAAAAUGGAAUUGUCAUCUAGCGAAAGCAGUUUUAUUAAUAGCGAUAGAGUUCAAAAAGUCAAGGAAUGCUUCAUUAAAAACUUUAAUAAGCAACCAGAUUUUGCGGUUAGAGCACCGGGAAGAGUAAAUAUCAUCGGGGAACAUAUUGACUACUGCGGUUAUCCGGUCCUACCAAUGGCAUUGGAGCAGGACAUAUUAAUGAUGGUAGCGACUAAUGAAAAACCCCGAAUCCGUAUAGCGAAUACGGAUACCACUUAUGUGGAAUACGAUGAGGAAAUCACAGUAUGGAAGAGAAUGGAAGCUGUGACAACCUCAUCCGCACCACAAUGGUUCAAAUACUUUGCAUGUGGUUAUCGUGGUAUAAUCGAAAGGUGGGCGGCAGGCAGCGAUAAAGGUAUGCUAGUUCUAGUUGAAGGUACCGUCCCACCGAGUUCAGGCCUAUCUAGUUCAAGUGCAAUGGUUGUGUCUGCCGCCUUAGCUACUCUGAAAUUACAUAAUCUAAAUCCAAGUAGGAAAGAGAUAGCCACAGUUUGUGGGGAAUGUGAAAAAUACGUUGGGGUUCAAGGGGGUGGAAUGGACCAAGCUAUUUCCCUCUUAGCAGAACCCUCGACUUGCAAAUUUAUCGAAUUUAACCCUUUGAGAACAACUGACGUACAAUUGACAAGCGACGCUGGCUUUGUUGUAGCCCAUUGCGGUGUUACAAUGAACAAAGCGGCAACUUUCCAGUUUAACAUAAGAGUUGUUGAAUGCACUUUUGCUAAGUGUAUAAUUGGAAAACUGGCGGGAAUAGAUAAUUGGAAAGAUUUAAAGAAUUUAUCUGAAAUACAAACGACGCUUAAUUUAACAGAACCCAAAGAAAUGCUAAGUUUAGUAGAAAAAUAUUUGAAUAAAGGAGAAUACACUAUUGAAGAAAUAGAAAAUAUAAUGGAAUGCAGAAUGGCGGAUGUUCUUCUUAGACCCGCUUUAUUGGACGCUGCUAAGCAGACGCCUACUCUCAAAUUGAAGAAUAGGGCUUUGCAUGUAUUCAGCGAAGCGCAGAGGGUGCUGGAUUUUAAGGUACUUUGCUCUGCGUCUGGUUCACACUUAAGUGAUUUGGGCAAGCUGAUGACGGACAGUCACGCCUCCUGUCGGGAUCUUUAUGAAUGCAGCGUUAAGGAACUCGAUGUACUGGUUGAUAGAUGCUUAGAAUUGGGUGCCUAUGGUGCCAGGUUAACAGGUGCUGGAUGGGGAGGUUGUGCCGUGAUUCUGAUUGACAAAGAUAAGCGUGAGACUCUGAUGGAAGCUUUAAUUGAAGAAAAAUAUAAUCCGUGUUUCUCCACUAUUCCGUCAGGUGGAGCUUGUGUUCAAGGAUUCUGA